AUGUCAAGCCCUGGGAGACCUGAGAAACAGGUCCCUGUCCGCUCACUUUCGGAGACUGCAUUCAAGGAAAUCUGCCGUCAGUUGGAACAAGCCUUUACGGACGAAAAAGCAUCUGCCUCCUUUGUCUGUGGGGGAACCAUCCCGAUGGUAGAGAAACUGAUCAGUGUUUACUGGCGCAAUGGCAAACAUGACUCGCAGGCUCAGGUAGUUGAUCUCCCUGUCCCCAGCACUGGUGAUGAUGGAAACAACAGGCUCGUUCAUUCACUGGUUGCUAGCUGUGAAGCUGCAAGCUUCGGCAGAAACAAGGAGACCGUCAUGGACCCUGAGUACCGGAAGGCAGGGAAGCUGGAACUGGAUCAGUUUGCUACCACUUUUCACCCUGCGGACCACGGUAUCCUCGAUGAAAUUGCCCAGAACCUAGUUCGCAACCUCGAUGCAGGCAACGCGUGGCUUGUUCCUCGACGGGUUGAGGCAGAGCUCUACAAGCUGAAUGUCUACUCGGGCCCGUCCGGUCUUUUCCAGAAGCAUGUUGACACCCCGCUCUCCGAGAAUCAGAUUGGGUCUUUAGUGGUUUGUCUACCGUCCCCAUUCAAAGGUGGGAACUUGAUGGUUCGACACAAUGGCAGCGAGGUGGAUUUUGCAUGGGAAGUACACAGCGCAAACACCAUUCAAUGGGCUGCUUUCUACAGCGACUGCGAACAUGAGAUCAAAACCGUGAGCGAAGGUCACCGCAUCACCCUGACCUACAACCUCUACGCCAAGGUCGAGGCAUCAAAGCCCCCAAGUCCAGUCCUUGAUGCUAGAUCCUUGCCCAUGUAUGGUCUGCUGAAAGAUGUUCUCCAGAAUCCGGGAUUCAUGAAAACAGGCGGCGUUCUCGGAGCAUUUUGCGCCCACAGCUACCCCCACGCCUACGAGGGUGUCGAAAAGCUGCUCCCGCAGUACCUGAAAGGCUCUGACCUAGGCCUGUAUGCUGUACUGCAUGCAUUGGGCUUCAAGGUCGAGGUUCUACCUGUUGUGGUCAUGCAUGAGGGGGACGAAGAAUGGGGCUAUCCUCAGUGCUGGAACCCCAAGACCAGCCGAUACAAGACAGACCUUCAGCUCAAUGAUGAAGAUGUGGCCAUCUUCGUUGGCCCCGAGCUGAAGGCUUUUGACGCAAUGUUCAAUUCCGGAGAGGAAGAUUACCGCGAAGAAAGCUACGAGAAGCCUAUAACCUGGAUUUCUGACCCACAACACCCAGCAGCUGCGAUGGCCCAUAUCAACUACGGUAACCAGGCCGAGGCCGGGCUGAUGUACUCCUACGCCACGAUCAUCGCUGAGAUUCCCGCAUGGAAUGAGAGACAGCUCCGUAUGCAGGAACUGACCGAGACCGAGUAA